UACAAGAAAUUGUUAACUCCACCUUCCAGAAACAUCCCAGUUGAUACUUUCCUUCCCGUCUUUUUUUUCCCUCUAUGCAAAAAAUAUGUAGUCAUUAGAAUGGGCUCUUAGAUAGGUAGAUGGGGGAAAGCCACUGCUGAAACGCCCUUGAUACUCCUCUUCUUCCUCUUUGUUUUGUUAGGACCACACCAAGAGGCGAGGCUGAGCCCAUCCGAGUUUUCAGCGAAGUCCCCAGGACUUACCGACCUACCCUCGCUUGCCUCAGGCCGGUCUCUAGAGGGCGCUGCUGAAAGACCGGGCACGGAAGGAACGUGACGCGGAAACCCGCUUAAAUUUGGGCACCGCCGCUGCCCGUAGCCGGCGUCCUCAACAUGGCGGCUCCGCAAGAUGUCCACGUCCGUAUCUGUAACCAAGAGAUUGUCAAAUUCGACCUGGAGGUGAAGGCGCUUAUCCAGGAUAUUCGAGAUUGUUCAGGACCAUUAAGUGCACUUACUGAACUGAAUACUAAAGUGAAAGAGAAGUUUCAGCAUUUGCGGCGCAGGAUACAGGAGCUCGAGCAAUCAGCUAAAGAGCAAGACAAAGAGUCAGAGAAGCAAAUUCUGCUCCAGGAAGUGGAGAAUCACAAAAAGCAGAUGCUCAGCAAUCAGACCUCAUGGAGGAAGGCUAAUCUCACUUGCAAAAUUGCUAUCGACAAUCUAGAGAAAGCAGAACUUCUCCAGGGAGGAGACCUCUUAAGGCAAAGGAAAACCACCAAAGAGAGCCUGGCCCAGACCUCCAGUGCCAUCACGGAGAGCCUCAUGGGGAUCAGCAGGAUGAUGUCCCAGCAGGUCCAGCAGAGCGAGGAAGCCAUGCAGACGCUAGCCAAUUCUUCCCGGACUAUCCUGGAUGCAAAUGAAGAGUUUAAGUCCAUGUCAGGGACCAUCCAGUUGGGACGGAAGCUUAUCACAAAAUAUAAUCGCCGAGAGCUGACGGACAAGCUUCUCAUUUUCCUUGCCCUGGCCCUUUUCCUUGCUACGGUCCUCUAUAUUGUAAAAAAGCGGCUCUUUCCGUUUCUGUAAGAUCUGGAAUUACCAGCUUUUGCCCUUUAAACUCCAGUGUCAGGAUCCGGCCAUGCUCCUGAGCUCUGGCCCAGGCCGCCAAACCAGUGCACACCUCUGCAGCCUGCUCCAAUUGCUCAGCAGGUGGACUGCGGACACAGCCCCCCAGCUUUCUGCAGGCAGCUGGUUGGCCUGUAAAGGACCAGUAGAGCAAGGGGAGGGAGGCCUGUCAUCGAGACACCUACACGACACAGGGACUCCAGGAGCUGUCACACAGUGUGUGUGGCUGUCACAUGGGGCACGCAGAGGCCAGCCUUCAGAACUGGAUCCUCCUCUCUCUCCUUCUCCUGCUGUAGCCUUAAUGCCAGAUCUGGUGGAAGGAAGAGAGAAGUGGGGAGAAGAAGAAUAAGGAGAACUUAUGUCCAUUCCUUGAAUAAACUUGACUAUAUUUAAUAGAAUGAAAUGCAUGUGGAUUUAUAAGGUAUCCUUCUAGGAAUCUGUGUCCUGUUUUUGAUGUCCAGGUUUCUAGGACAUGAACUUAGAUCAUUUAUUUGUUCCUUCAAAAAAGGAUUAUUAAGCAACAGCCACAUGAUGUUGUAUUAUAGACACUGCUGACCGUUACAAAUACUUGGUAAAGCAGCGGUGGUUCCUCCCUCGGGGAGCAAGAAGAACGAGAUCUCAUAGGCUCUAGGAAAGCAAGUUACAAAAAGCCCCCACUGGAGGUGGCUGACACUACAUCUGAAAAGGCUCAGGCGGACAUGCUUCUCCUGCUAUGUACAGUGGUGGGCCUGGCCUGGGGGUGUGCCGUGUCUUGGGGGCUGGCCCAUGUCUUUCUCUUUGAGGUCCAGAGCUAAAUAUAACCAUGAGAGCGGGGCUAGUGAUAAGCUGAGGCCUGUCUGGGCCUGAGUUCUGGGGGAUAGUAGGGCUCAGGCUGGGAGAUGUUAGUGUCUCCUUGUGCUAUAGGCCUGGCUGGCCUCACAGAUGAAAUCCCAGCCUCCCUACUAUUUAUAGCUCCAGAGGCCCUAGGAGGUGUAAUGUGGAGGCAGAGGGGAAAGUGGAAAGAACAUGGACUCUGAACCUCGGUUUUGAGUCUUGGCUCUACUAUUAAAGGACCAUAUGACCAUGGGCAAGUUACCUUUUGUCACUAAGCCUCAGUUCCCCCACCUGUAAAGUGGGGGUGGUAGUCCAUGUAGACAUUUGUAGAGUCAAUAUGAGAAUCAGACAAGAAUGUAAAGUAACAAGUGCAGCUUCUGUCUGACUGGACAGUGGGCUUCCCGAAUGGGGCCACCUCCAGGAUGCUGGGCCUCAGUGAAAACUGGCCUGGGCGCCAGAAGUUCUGUUUAGAUCUCCUUGAGCACAGGGAGGGUGUCCGCAGUUAAGGCUUCAGUUAGGAAGUGCCAGAUUGUCACAGGACCAAGUGUGUAAGAGAUUGGCUGCACACCUCAGACUGACUAGUUUAAUGGUCAUGUUCUAAGUUAAAAGUGUGUGUGUACAGACACUUCUAUAUGUAUCAUUCUUAAACAAUUUCUGGCCUCAGAAGACACUCAGUGCAAAAUAUGCAUGCAUGUGUCUUAUUUAUAGUCAAAUUAAAGCUGAGAAUAAAGCACAGAUGGGAAAUUCCCACUCAGAUUCCAGCUGUAAGUGCAGCAGAUGGAUGUUAUCAAUUUAGGAUUUUCUUGUCUUAACAUUUUUCUUUACUACUUCCCACUAAUUGUCAACAUCCUCCUUCCAAUAUGGGAAUGUGUGGGCUCUGUACUCCUUAAAAAAUCUCCCUUUGACUUUAUUCUUCUUUGACUUGCUUCCUUCUGCAAAUAGGUUGAACUUGAAAUGUCAUCAAUAGCGUUAUAUCUUGCAACCCCAAUCAGCCAGCCACCAGGAUUCAAAAUCAUCCCCAAGUUGGCUGGCUGGGCAGAAAGCAGCCAUCGCCACGUUCGACCAUGAGGGGGCAGUGUUCACAUUUGCUCUGUGGUCUUGCUGUGUUGAGGACUCUCCAUCAGUCCAUGUGGAAUGCUCUUACGGAUUUUUUUUUCAGAUACCAGACUUAAAAAAAAAAAAGCCAUACAAAUGUACAAAGUUUACAGCUUUAGAAGAUUUUUCAUAAAUGAUAUUAAUUUUUACUGUUAACAGUAAGGCAAACUUGUAUUCUACCUUUUGCUUAGAUGAUGGUCAGGGAGUUAAAGGGAUAGAGCAGCUGUCAAGAGGGCAUCCAUUCAGGUAUUUACUGAGCACCUACUUUGUACCAGGCACUGUGUUAGGUACAGUCAGUGAAAAAAACAAAGAUUCCCUGUCGUCAUGGAACUUACGAUAUGUGGGGGAGCAUGGGCAGAUGAUAAACAAUUAAGAUACUAAAUAAAUUAUUCAUUCUCUUAGAAAAUAAGUGUUUUAGGGAAAAGUGAAGCCAGCUAACGGAAACCUGGAAUGUAGGUGCAGGCAUAGGUUUGCAGUAUUAAGUAGGGUGGUCAGAGCUGGCCUCGUUGAGGAGGUAAGAUCUGAGCAAAGGCUUGUUGGGGAGGAAGACAUCUUAGCCAUGUGGACUGCUGAGGGAGGAGGGUUCCACACAGGAGCCAGCUAGAGCUAGCACAAAGGCCUACAGUGGGAGCAUCUGUGAUACUGUGAUUUAUCAUCAGAAAUAUAGAUUUGGUGUGUCUGGUCCCGGCACAGAGCUGCUAAAGCCCUUGGACUUUUGUGCAAUGAGAGUGAUAAAGGUUUCUUUUGUUAUCUUCUUGAGGUGACUUUUGGAAAGCACUAAGGUUCGGGCUGGUUGCCAGUGGGCUCAGAGGAGGGGAGAGGGGCUGGAGAUUGAGUUCAGUCACCAGUGGCCAAUGAUUUAAUCAGUCAUGCCUGUGUCAUGAAGUCUCCACAAAAACCUGAAAGGACUGGGUUCAGAGAUCUUCUGGGUUGGUGAGCACGUGGAGAUGGAGGGAGGGUGGUGCACCUGGAGAGGGCAUGGAAGCUGUGCGUCCUUUCCUCAUGCCUUGCCCCUACAUCUCUUCUAUCUGGCUGUUCGUGAGUUAUAGCCUCCUGUAAUAAACGGGUAAUCUAGUAAGUAAAAUGUUUCCUUCAUUUCUGUGAACCUCUCUAGUGAAUUAAUGAAACCCAAGGAGGAGGUGAUCAUGGGAACCUCCCAUCUAUGGCCUGUUGGUCAGAAGCACCCAUGACAACCUAGACUUGUGAUGGGCAGCUGAAGGGGGGAUGGGGUUGCAGUUUUGUGGGACUGAGCCCCUAACCUGUGGGAUCUGAUGACCAGGGAGGUAGUGCUCGAAUUGAGUUGAAUUAUAGGACACCCUGCUGGAAUUGCUUGAUGUGGGGAAAACCCCACCCAUCAGAAGACACUCUGAUGUCUUCUGAAAAGAAGUGCAUCUGUGCGUGCACCGGAGCACGACUGGUGGGGGAAUAGCAAGGAAGCCAGUGUGACUAGGGCGGAGUGUGAGGAGUGGUAGAGAAGUAGCACAGGAGAGCAGACGGAGCGGGAACAAAAUCAUGAAAAGCCUGGUAGGUCACUGGAAUGAUUGAGCUUGUACUUUGAGGGACAUGGGGAGCCAUUGAAGCCCACGAGUGACUUGAUAUGACCUAUGCAUUGAUAACAAAGUGAACGAGACAAGUGCAGAGCAGGGUGGCCAGCUGCGAGGACCGUUGCAGAUGUCCAGAUGGCAGAUGAUGGUGGCUUGUGCCUGGUGAGAAGUAGUCAUAUUCUGGCUAUAUUUUGAAGAUAGAAUCAGUAGGAUAAGGUUUCUUGAAGGCCUGGAUCUCAUUUUGGAAGGAGUGAGAGCCAAAACUAUGAAAUUCCUUUUUUUUUUAAUGUCCUUUUAUUUUUAAGUAAUCUGUACACCCAACAUGGGGCUUGAACUCACAACCCUGAGAUCAAGAGUCACACGCUCUACCAAGUGAGCCAGCCAGGUGUCCCAAAACUAUAGAAUUCUUGGCCUAAGUAACUAAAGGAGGAAAAGAGCAGGAGUUGGGUUUUGGACAUGUUGGGCUUGAGAUGUCUGUUAGACCCCCUAGUCAAGAUGCCAGGUUCACACGUGGUUAUGUGAGUCUGGGGUUCGGGAGAGCAGUCACGGCUCGUGGUAUAAAUUUGGAAGAGGGCACAUAGAUAGGAUUUAAAGCCAUGAGGUUGGAUGAGAUUGCCCAGAGAUAUGAGUAUAGAUAAAGAAGAAAUAACGACAAAAAAGAGGAACCAGCACAUGAGACUGAGGAGGAAUGCCCAGAGACAGAGGAGGCACUCUUACCGGUUAGACUUCUUAGGGAGUCUGUUCUUUUACUCCCCG